UCGGGCCGCCGUUCACGCUGCGGCUGCGGAUCAAGUUCUACUCGUCCGAGCCCAACAACCUGCGGGAGGAGCUGACCAGGUACCUGUUCUUCCUGCAGCUGAAGCAGGACCUGCUGUCGGGCCAGCUGGAGUGCCCGCAGGAGACGGCUGUGCAGCUGGCCGCUCUAUGCGUGCAGUCCGAGCUGGGCGACUACGAUCCCGAUGAGCACUCGGCGGCCACCAUCUCCGAGUUCCGCUUCGUGCCGGAGCAGACGGAGGAGAUGGAGGAAGCCGUGCUGGAGCAGUACAAGACGCUGACAGGUCAGACUCCGGCUCAGGCGGAGACCAACUUCCUGAACAUCGUCAAGUGGCUGGAGAUGUACGGCGUCGACAUGCACACCGUGCUGGGCAAGGACAUGUCGGAGUACUCGCUGGGCCUCACGCCCACCGGCAUCCUCGUGUUCGAGGGCCAACAGAAGAUCGGCCUCUUCUUCUGGCCCAAGAUCAAUCGGCUCGACUUCAAGAAGAAGAAGCUGACGCUGGUGGUGGUGGAGGACGAUGACGAGGGCCGCGAGCAGGAGCACACCUUUGUCUUCAGGCUGUACAACAAGAAGGCCGCCAAGCACCUGUGGAAGUGCGCCAUCGAGCACCAUGCUUUCUUCCGGCUGAAGGCGUCCACCAAGGCGCCGAGCGCGCGCCAGAACUUCUUCCGGAUGGGCUCUCGGUUCCGGUACAGCGGCCGCACCGAGUACCAGACGACGUACCAGGGCCGGGCGCGACGCACAGUGCAGUUCGAGCGGCGGCCCAGCCGGCGCUACAGCGUGCGCGAGUCGCACAUGAUCCGCCAGCGGCUGAAGCAGGACGUCGGCAAAACGGAGCGAGCCGCGGCCGGCGGCGACGACGGCGGUCAGCAGAAACAGGCGGCCGCCGGCGCCGGCGGCGGCACACUGCCGAGGCCGGCGGCGGCCGCCGGUCAGACUAAGCAGACCAACGGCAUCGGCGGCGCCCAGACGGCGCCGGCCGCCGGCGGCGGCGGUACGCUGACCAAGAUGGCCAACAGCACGGGAGGCACACUGCCGAAGCAGCUGAACACGGCUGCGGCCGCCGCGCAGAAGUCAGGCGGCGCCGAGGCGCGGCAGGCGACGCCGGCCGAGACCAGCCAGCUGGACGCCCUCAUCUCGAGUCUGCAGCGUGAGGGCGAGGCCGCGCCGACACUGGCAGACGCCACCGACGGCUCGCCGGCCGGCACCGGCGGCGCAGACGUGGCUGCCUUGGCCAACAAGGUGAAGUCGCUGGAGUCAUCGCCGACCAUCUACCGCUCCGUCGGGCGCAGCGUCAACGUCAACGUGUUGCCCAACAAUCAGAACGCCAAGCUGGCGUCGGGUGGUGCCGCCAAGUCCAUCCCGCCCGACAAGUUCAAGUCCAACAUUCUGAAAGCCCGCGCCGAGGAGACCGGUCUGUUGGUGGACCUCUCGUCCCCUACCGACAAGGUGGCCAAGUCGCCCCUGCUGAACGGGGACUCGCGCCGGCGUCAGCUGUCGGCGGCGGAGCGGAGCGAUGUCAACCACACCAUCGUCUCAGUGGGCGGCGACCGCCUGACGCUGUCCGUCAACGGCGGUGACGGCACCGACCUGGAUGGUCAGGCGACGGCCGGCGAGACGGACCUGGAUGCGUCGCCGUCGGAGCCCGAGUCGGCCGCGGCCGCCACGCCGCCCGAGACCACCAACCCGUUUGCGGCGAACGUCUCCAAUCCGUUCCGCGCGACGUUCUCCGGCACGAACCCGUUCCGCGACGAGUCGAGCCUGGCGCCGCUGGCGCUGCAGACGUCGUCCGGUUCGUCCAGCUUGAACACGUCGCUCGGCUCGCCGCGCUCGCCCGGCGCCAACAUCAACAACAACAUGGUGCUCAAUCUGAAGGGCGAGGUUGCGGUGCGGCCGGUGGCCGGCGGCGGCGGUUCGGGCCACGCCAGCCCCGGCCGUGUCUCCAACUCGAGCAACGAGAGCCAGUCGGAGCGGGCUGAGCCCAGCGCGGGCGGCGCCGCGCCCCCGCAGGUGGUGGAGCCGGCCGCGGCCGCCCUGUCCGAGCCGCUGCGAAUCGAGCGGCGCACCGUCAUCACCACCGAGCUGUGA